AUGUAAAAAAAAAAAAGAUAAAACAUUUUUCUUAAAAAUUAGAGAAACUAGUGAACUGCAACUUCGAAAGAAAUCUGUCACUUCCUGUCUACCCUGCACCCCCGCCCGACAUUACCAUGUGAUGCAGAUGUGAAACUCUCUGCUCACGCACAAACACAGGCAGACAACGACAGUGUGUGAGCGACUGUCACAUCAUAUGAGCGUCUGUGGAACAGAAAUGCUGCCUGUUACUCUUCUCCUCAUCGCACUCAUCAGGUUUUCAACAAUCCGAGCUGCCGACCCUGUCUACUGUGAAAAUGUCCCCAAAAUGUGCCGCAAGGGAAAUAUUACCUGGAUCAGGUGCUUUGAGGAGCAAAGCGCAAAUUGCCAACCAAGAAUGCAUGAGGGGUCCAAUUGGGGGAACUCGUCUCAAUCGAUCAAUGUGGAGGAGCCUUCUGGACACCACGUUCACAUUCCAUCAACAGUGUUCAGGAGAGGCAGAGCGCGGAGAAAUGUAAUGGUGGUGGUCACUACCAUCAGCAGCGAGCACUUCAAGCUCGCGCAAAGGAGGUCCUUACGUAAAAUAAACCAGCCUCCUCGUGUGGACGGGUCUGUUAUGAAUAACUUAGUCCUGGCAGUCAAGACAGUCAACUACACUCUCAGAAACCUCGACCAUCCCAUCACGUUAACUUUCAAAAGUAGCAGUCAGGUGAAAAAUGGAACUUGUGUGUUUUGGCAUGAGUCAGACCCAAUCAACGGGACAGGUUAUUGGAGCACAGAGGGCUGUAACACCAGUUACGUGGGAACAGGAUUUCUUUGCAGCUGCAACCACCUGAGCUUCUUUGCAGUUCUUGUGAACCCUUCAAUAAAGCUGGAUAAGCAUAAUGCUACAUACCUUAGCUACUUAAGCUACAUUGGAUCAGCACUUUCCGCCUUCCUCACAAUCAUCACCCUGAUCAUCUAUAUAUGUCUACAGCGCAAGCGGCCGGAGAAGGCCAUCGGUGUGCAUCUGCAGCUAACGGUAGCGCUGCUCUGCCUCCACCUUAGCUUCCUGCUGUGCAGCUUCUGGGUGCGUCUGGAUGAGGACGAGGACAAGGUGUGUCAGGCGUUCGGCCUGUUCUUGCACUGGUCCCUGCUGGCCUCCAUCACCUGGAUGGCCCUGGAGGGAUUCCACCUGUACCUUCUCCUCGUCCGCGUCUUUAACAUCUAUGUCAGGAGAUAUCUGCUCAAACUCAGCCUGGUGGGAUGGGGUUUUCCAACACUGAUUGCCGCAGUCUGUGGAUUUUCAGGCGUUUAUGGCAAAUACAAACUUGGACUGACUGACACCAAUCACAACUUAACAAUGUGCUGGAUGAGCAGCCAGUUCCCGCAGAAGCUUAAUGUCGUCAGCUACAUCACUGUGGUGGGCUUCCCCUCCCUGGUGAUACUGUGUAAUUCCUGCAUGCUUGGAGUUGUUGUGUUUAAGCUCUGGGGGCUGAGAAGAGCCUACGGAGGCUGGAAUAAAACACACAAAGAGAAAGGGACAACGUUAUGGAAGGACUGCGCCACCGUGGUGGGACUCAGCUUUGUGCUGGGCUUGCCCUGGGGUUUAACAGCAACAACCUACGUCUCCCUUGCUGGGAUUUACAUAUUCACUGUAUUAAACUCCCUGCAGGGUGUAUUUAUAUUCCUGUGGUCUGUGGCUCAGACCUGCAAAUCUCGAGAUGACAACAACUCUUCAGUCAAGGACCCUUCCACUCAGAAAAUGAUGAUGACUAGUCUCAAUAACUCAAACACAGCAUAAACACGGCUAAAUCAAGUGUUGUCUAUUGCCUAUAUUAGGUAUUUUCCCGGAUGUGGACACUAGUGCCAGCAGACAGAACCACAUAGGAUGGUCAUUGAUUUUUGUCAAAAACAUAUAACUAGCAGCAUCACCAGCUACAGUGUUGUAGAUUCAUGAAGAUGGAUUCUUAUAAUAAACAUGGUACAAAUAAAAUGCUUGUUGUAAUAAAAACAAACAAAAAAUGAUGGACUUAUUUUAAAGGACAGUAGCAGGACAUGAAAGUGCUGCCAUUCACAUCUGGAGCAGCAGCUGUAGAACCUGAUGGCUCCUGAUUGAUCUGUGCCUCUAGCUUUGAUUCAGACAACAAAGAUUAAUAAUUCUAAUUUAUGCUAGUUACUUAAUUAAUAAAUACAAAUUGAACGUAUGAAAUGUAAUUAUACAUAUAUAGUAUUCUUGAAAACAUAAAUUAAUUUCAUUAAAGAUGGUUUCCGUCACGGACAAA